UUAAUUGUCUGCCAAUUUCCCUGUACAUUUUAUAAGAAAAAGCAGUGGUAUCGUCAAAGGAUAAACACAAAUGUCCUGACUCCUGACAUUAUUGACACUCAACAAGAAAUGAUUAACUGUCUUUCAGUCAACUGAACUGAAAUAAUUUUUUUGGUUUCUCAGAAAAGUCAGUGCAAAAAGUGAAUGAAGUGGAGGCAGAGAAGAUUGAUGAAGGCACAUCAGAGAAAGGGCAAGAUCAUGAUCGAGCACCUGCCCUCUAUAGAAUUACAAAUAAAAGUCUUCAGUUCCCUCCAGCACAUUAACCUUCUCACCAGAGACGCACUGAGCAUCACUAUGACGUCGCUGCACGUGCUGCUCCUCCUCUGUGCUUUUCCUCUUUCAAAUGCUGACGGCCGACUAAGAGAAUUCAAACUAAUAAAUGGAGAAUUCAGCAUAACUCGUGCAGUGAAUGAAUGCAGAACAAACUACACUGAACUCGCCACAGUUUAUGACCAACAAGACAAUAUCAAAAUAAGGACACUGCUCAAUGUUACUGGUUUCCCUAGUGGAUGGAUCGGUGCACAGACAGGAAGUUGCAGUAAGAAAUGGUCAAAUGGUGAUGAGGUCACAUAUAAAAAGGAUUUUAUAACGGGUUGUGAGGAAACACGCUGUGCUGCUAUGAAAUCUGAUGCAGGUUGGGAAUCUCUCAAGUGCACUGAAACAAAACACUUCAUGUGUUAUAAACAAGAUAUUGGGCGAGCAUCGUACAUGUUAAAACCUGAACAGAAAACCUGGUUUGAGGCUCAGCUGUACUGCAGAGAGAAACACACUGAUUUAGUCAGCAUCAGUAAUGAAGAGGAAAAUCAACAGGUGUGGAAUGAAGGAAAAAAGAGUAGCAAUCCUUUCUGGAUCGGCCUGCUGCAGGACAAAGUGGAAUGGUCUGAUGGAGGACAAUCUGCUUACAGAAACUACACAGAACGAUCGGGCGAAGGAGAUUAUACGAUUAUGCUUCAAGAUGGGAGCUGGAAAAGAAGUAAAGACGACAAUAAUCAACGUAUCUUAUGCUACAAAAGCUUCAUUCAUGUGAGUCCGGGUAAAAUGUCCUGGGAGAAAGCUCUGGAUUACUGCAACAGAAACUUUUCUGGUCUACUGUGCAUCGAGUCGGAGGAUGAUCAGAUAGAAACGGAGCGAGAGCUAAAAAGUCAGAAUAUUUUAGAGCCAGUGUGGGUGGGGCUUAGACAGAGCCGACUUUUCGGAUUCUGGAUUUGGUCCAAUGGGCUCAGUGUGGGGAACUGGACCAACUGGAAAGAAGGAAGUCCACCAGAACAUCAAGUGUCCCAGCACUGCGGCGCCUUAGAGAAGGUGAAAGGUCAAUAUAAAUGGUGUGAUAAAGACUGCAGAUCUAAAUUUAGAGUUUUAUGUGAGGGGAAAUAAUAUAUUGUAUAACUACAUUAUACAAGCCAUCUUACUUUGCUAGGUGCUUUAGUUUAUGCUCUACUCUCUUUUGCAGUUACUGGCUGUCAUUUCUAUUAAAAAAACAAAACAAUGUCAUGACAUAAAAUUAAUGUAAUGUAAUAUUAAGCACUUAAUCAUUUUAACAGGUUGUGAGUUAUUUUUUGGUGAAUGAUUUCAUUAAAUUGUGAUAUAAA